AUGUUCGGGUUCAAGCACACGCUGAAUAACUUCAAUCAUGAUGAAGUUGUGAAAGCGAAAUCUCGACUACUGGGUAGAUUGAUACAGGUUCAGGGAACUAGUAAUCUGCCCAAGCUAUUCCCGUACCUGGUCAAACGAGCCCGAAAGAGUCUCGGCGAGCAGCUCACACUAGGCGAAAUGUGCUCUGAUGGUAUAUCACUUCCCAUAGCCUGUACAGUUCGAACUGUCACUUCAAGAAUCAUGGGUGUCUUGUUUUUCGGCGAAACAAUCUCUUCUGACCCUGUUUUUGCCGACGCACUGCUACGUUACCCCAAGGAAAUGGUUUCAUCUCAGCGCAUUAUUCUUGACCGACUCUCUCUCAUCAUGGGCGCCGGACGGAACACAUGGGACGACAACCCCGCGCUAAAAGAGCUCACUUUUGCGUGGAACAUAUCUUCCAUAACCUCAGAUAGUGAUUACUGGAACGGUCCCGAGCAUCUCGCUCAAACUCUUCUAGGAGUCUGGUUCGCAGCUGCGCACCAACCCUGGAUGAAUCUUGACUUCAUAUUUCUACAGCUAUGCCGAAAUGCCGAUAUCCAGGAAGCAUUGAGGAAGGAAAUUGGCACGCUCGAGGGAUUAACAUACGAGAAACUCAUGAAUCUCCCAUUUCUCGACAGUUUCAUCAAGGAAACGGUGCGCUUGCAUCCUUUGGAUAAACUAGCCGUGCGAAGGAAAGCUCUCAAGCCUUAUACGUUCGCUUCCGGUUCUCCGAACGUACCAGCUGGUGCCACAGUUGCUGUAUCGUCUUACGACAUGAUGCACAAGAGCAUCGAUUAUCCAUCUCCGGAAGAGUUUCAACCGCGCAGGUUCAUGGAUAGUGAUACUUCGGUGAGAGGAACGAAGUUCACAGAAGUCUCGGAGAAAUUUCCUGUGUGGGGUUAUGGGUCGCUUGCUUGCCCAGGUAGAUUCCACGCGAGCAUCGUUAUGAAGCUUGUCAUUGCGCAUUUUGUCAUGAGAUAUGAUAUGAGGCUUGAAAAUGAAGAAGCAAACACUUCAUGGAGUUGGGAAACUUUCAUCAUGCCCUAUGAGUCCACUAGAUUUGUACUCAGAAAGCGGGAGGACUGA